CCAUGGGGACGGGGAUGCUGACGAAGGCUUGUGAAGCUGAGAAGACAAAUUGCCCUCAUCAUUAUCUCCGGGCUUGUCAAUCAAACAUAUUCCCUUAUUUACCUCGGCGAGGAGAGAGCCCCGGGAGCACACGGAGAGGGAGGGAGCGAGAGGAGAGCUGCUUGUCCCAUACUCGGCACUGGGGAGGGAGCAUUUCCAGCCCCUCGGAAUGGCCACCAUCACCUGCAAUCGUUUCACCGAGGAGUACCAGCUCUUUGAGGAACUGGGCAAGGGUGCUUUCUCCAUUGUCCGGAGAUGUGUGAAGGUGUUGGCAGGACAAGAGUAUGCAGCCAAGAUCAUCAACACCAAGAAGCUGUCUGCUCGAGAUCACCAGAAGCUGGAACGAGAAGCCCGGAUCUGCCGCCUGCUGAAGCACCCCAACAUCGUGCGGCUCCAUGACAGCAUCUCUGAAGAGGGCCAUCACUACCUGAUAUUUGACCUGGUCACUGGUGGGGAGCUGUUUGAGGACAUUGUGGCCAGGGAAUACUACAGCGAAGCGGAUGCCAGCCACUGCAUCCAGCAGAUCCUGGAGGCCGUCCUGCACUGCCACCAGAUGGGGGUGGUCCACCGGGAUCUCAAGCCCGAGAACCUGCUGCUGGCAUCCAAGCUGAAGGGUGCUGCCGUCAAGCUGGCUGACUUCGGCCUCGCCAUCGAGGUGGAAGGGGACCAGCAAGCAUGGUUUGGUUUCGCUGGCACCCCGGGAUACCUCUCUCCCGAGGUGCUCCGGAAGGAUCCCUAUGGCAAAGCCGUGGACCUGUGGGCUUGUGGCGUCAUCCUCUACAUCCUGCUGGUUGGGUACCCGCCCUUUUGGGAUGAAGACCAGCACCGACUCUACCAGCAGAUCAAGGCUGGGGCUUAUGAUUUCCCCUCCCCUGAGUGGGACACAGUGACUCCCGAAGCAAAAGAUCUCAUCAACAAGAUGCUGACCAUAAACCCAUCCAAGCGCAUCACAGCAGCAGAGGCUCUGAAGCAUCCCUGGAUAUCACACCGUGCCACUGUGGCAUCAUGCAUGCACAGACAGGAGACGGUGGAUUGCCUGAAGAAGUUCAAUGCCCGGAGGAAGCUGAAGGGGGCCAUCCUCACCACCAUGCUGGCCACCAGGAAUUUCUCCGGAGGCAAGAGCGGCGGCAACAAGAAGAAUGACGGCGUGAAGAAAAGAAAGUCCAGUUCCAGCGUUCAGUUAAUGGAAUCGUCGGAGAGCACCAACACCACCAUCGAGGAUGAAGACACCAAAGUACGGAAGCAAGAAAUCAUUAAAGUCACAGAGCAGCUGAUCGAAGCAAUAAGCAAUGGUGACUUUGAGUCCUACACGAAGAUGUGUGACCCUGGCAUGACUGCCUUCGAGCCCGAGGCUCUGGGCAACCUCGUGGAAGGCCUGGAUUUCCACCGAUUCUACUUCGAAAACCUGUGGUCCCGGAACAGCAAGCCUGUGCACACGACGAUCCUGAAUCCCCACAUCCACCUGAUGGGAGACGAGUCCGCCUGCAUCGCCUACAUCCGCAUCACGCAGUAUGUGGACGCGGGAGGGAUUCCCCGCACUGCCCAGUCCGAGGAGACCCGCAUCUGGCACCGCCGGGAUGGCAAAUGGCAAAUUGUCCACUUCCACAGAUCCGGUGCACCCUCGGUCCUACCGCAGUAACCCCUCUGAAGCGCGGUCCUGCCCGUGUCGGGUUUGUCACUGACUGACUACCAAGGGGACGCCCCCUCCGACAUCUUCACCUACGGGACUUUGGCUGUUGGCUCUGCUGCUUGGUUCCCGCUGGAAUAACCCCUCGCUUCUCACCGCACACACGCAACAGCC